AGAGGAAUGCGGUCCGAUAGUGUACUCCGUACCCGCGCGCGGCGCUGAUGGUGCUACACUUGAAGCUCUAUUCGCCCCCUCCCGGCCCACAGUCUGUUCGUGGCAGCAGUAGUAGUAGUAGUGACGUCACCGGGAGAUGCUGCCUCUCAAGGCCAGCCCAUGAUUUCGGCGAGCGUGGCGGUGGAGGGUGGCCACGGGGUGUCUCAAAGGGCUGGCGGAACAAUGACGUUCGUGGAGCCCUUCCUGCUCAGCAACAAGGCUUCUCCAGAGUUUCUGCGUCCUCUGCCCAAGCCAGCACCCCUCGUGGCCCCGCGCUACAACGGGUCAGUCCAGCCACUCAACGGAUGUCGUGCUCCUCCCGCCCGCAAGUUUCCGCUCCAGCCUGACACGGGGGCAGUGAACCUCGUCAGCAAGGAGGAAGAGGACUGUCCGUACCGGGGCUUGUACCCUCCGACCCCCAGCUACCACUACCCAGGAGGGCCGUACGGUGCACUGUAUCCGGGGCACUACACCCCACUGCUGCCGCCUUACAGCCCCUUACAGCCGCCAUGCAGUCCCCCUGUGAAGCCAGGCCAAUCGCUGCUGCGGCCUGGCAAGGAGGGAUCCCUGAAGCACCGGAUUCUGGCUCGUCCCCCUGAGAUCCCUAAACGGCGCUCGGUAGCCCUCCAAAAUACGAACUUCACAAAGGGGUCGCUGAUACAGUUGGCCAGCGGUGAACUUCGGCGAGUGGAGGAUAUGCGGACAGAGGACUUCGUGAGCUCCGCGGAGAAGAGCCCGGCUCUGCGACUGGAUCCCAGUACCGUAGUGCGGAUACAGGAGGGGUCCGGGGGCACGGCUCGACUCACCCUGAGCUACGGCGAACAUAACACUCAGGUUGAGUUCGAAUCAGCCCUGGAACACCCGUUCUUUGUCAUCAACCAAGGAUGGGCUUCCUGCUACCCGGAGCGAACACUUCAGUGUUACGGACUCAGGUGUCAUCGUCUGCAAGUGGGUGAUGUGUGUGUAUCCCUGACACCGCGGACUAAGAGCACAAAAAGGGCAGGGAACCCCCGUAAGCGACGCUGGUCUGCCCCUGAUCAGUUCUGUAAUGAAGACGAUGAGAUGCCCCCAGCGUCUGUUUCUAUGAAAAGGAAGAAGGACUGACGUUAUGUCGCUACCUCAAAGCUGUGUUCCUAUGUGACGUAGAGCGUCACUGUGUAGGAGACCCGUCAUCAUCUGCCGGUGAGCUGCUCCUUCCAAUGUCCAGCUGUAGAAUGACGCACUGGUGUAUUGCUGCUGCACUAGGUCUGCAGGCUGUGCGUCACACUGGUAAGGCACUCUGUCCAUUGUAGUUACUCAUUGGUGAGUCCAUCUUUAGUCUACAGGUUGUGUGACUCAUGGGUGGAUCACUUUAACUUUUGUGUUGUGGAGUGGCACACUGGUGGGUCAUCCCACCCUCCUACAUGCAGGUUAUGUCACUCGGGUGAGUUUCUCCACCCCACAUACAGAUAUGGCUGAAUCCACAUGCACACCACACUGGUAUGAACUCGGUAUCAAAAUCAGUGAGAUUGAAACAUUCUGUAUGUUUGUAGCUGUGAAUUACAUGUGCUAAGAAAAGAUCUUAUUGACAUGUGCAGUUAUCACACUAUUUCUAUGCUUCUUCUUUCUACAGCGCAUGUUAUGUAGCAUCAAAAUGAUGGAUAAUUGUGAAUGAAGAUUAUGUUCUAUUUUGAGGUAUUCUCCUAACAUUUGCAUGAAGUGGCUGAACUGGUACACCCACAUAUACCCUUGCAAGUGAAUCCAUCAUAUCUGGCCCAUUGAAAACAUCAACUGGUAGCUGUGCAUAUUAAUGAGGUAGAACGGGGUUCAAGGUUACUGGAUGGUUAAGGAACAGAUAUAACACACACAUUGACCCGCUCCUGUUAUGUGUCAUUAGUCAUAAUCAGCCUGCAAGCUCUGUAAGUCUUGUCAUUGUUUCUUAAAUUCUUAUUGAUAAAAAAAGGAAAGGAAUGGAGACCCACAUAUAUAUAAUACACAUAAUUGGCAACUUUAGCCCACUGAUAGAUGCAUUUUUACAAGAGCACUGUUCAGUUGCAGACAAUGUAUUUUGGUUUAAAAAUAUACAUGUAAAUGAAAUAAUG